AUGACUGAAUCAAAACACGAAUUCAAGUCUAUACAUCAAUUCGUAUUAAAUAAGAAUUCAUUAGGUACCAAGACUAUUUACAGUCCUUUAUUGAUUGCUCCCUCAAAUUUAUUUUGGCAGUUAAUUUUCACUCAGCGCCUAAAUCCCCAGACUAGCGCUGCGAACCCGGCAUAUUGUUCACUUUUUCUUUAUGCUGUUGCAGAUAAGCUCGAAAUACAAAAUCCAAGUAUGACUUUGCUGCGCAGAAAAAACAUUAAAGCAAGAUUAUUUAUAAAGAAUUUGAGAAACGAAUAUUUAACUUCCGGCGAAAUUGAAGACAAAUACAGUUAUGAUGCCCCAAAUUGGGGUUGGAACAAUUUUUUCAGGUUUUCAAAACUACCGAGUACAUUUAUAAUAGGCGUUGAAUUUAAUGUGGGCAUUCACUAUGAACAAUGUAUUACCGCAAAAGUUUAUCAAGAAAAUGCUGAACUAAAAGAAGCUUGGAUUAAUGAUUUAAACAAUCCGAAUACUUCUGACGUAAAGUUUGUCGUUGGCAACCAGCAAUUUUAUGCCAGCAGCAAAAUUCUAGUUACUCGAUCAAACUACUUUGGAGCCUUGCUUAAAAAUUGUUGGGCUGAACAUAAAACGACUUCCAGCUCUCUCGGAGAGGUUGAAAAAAGCACUAUUCCGAAUGCGAAGCGCGCGUUUAGGCUAAGCAGCAUCUUGAAAAAACGUGACAAAAAGAUUUCUAAAAAACGUGAAUUCGAAUAUGAAAUUAAUGUCAGUGAAACUGACCCAAAAUUGUUCUUGCAGGUGCUUAAAUAUCUUUAUGUAGGUGAUAUUACAAUUAAAAAUGACACGUCGUCCAAAGAUGCUAUUGAUCUGUAUGAAAUCGCCGAUAAGUAUUUAUUAGAUGAACUUCGCUCACAAGCACAAGGAUAUAUAAUUUACUUAUUAACUGUCGAGAAUGCAGCAGAAAUUCUUUUCAGCUCCGCACAUCAAUGGCCAGAACUUAAAGAAGAAGUUAAAAAAUUUGUUGUUAAAAACUUUGCUGAAAUUGCUAAAUCACCAGGAUACCAGCAUAUUGUCGCGAACCGAGAUGAUUACCCGUCGUUUCUUGAACUCAAUAACGAGAUCUUUUUGGAUUUACAUUGUCGAAGUUAG